AUGAACCUCAGAAAUCUGUUGUGUGUAAAGAAGCAUAAGCUUGCGCUGAACUGUAAUGGGAUCAGGGAUAAAACAGCAUUUGUUUCUGUAAAUGAAUUUACUGACUUGAACCUUCUAAGUGAUUAUCGUUUCCUGGAAGAUGUAGGAAGGACAGCUGAUGCUGCUGCUCGAGAUGUUUCAGUGCAUAGGCCAACAACAAAUAAAUUUAUAAAUUACCUGAGAAAUAGAGCUCGGAGACAUAAUAUCAACCUGAAAACUCUUCCCAUUGGAUUUACAAAAAGGAAAGAGAAUUCAACCAUCUUCAAUAAGAAGGAGCAGAAGUUCUAUUGGCAUUUGAAGCUGAUGUUCCCUCACAGUCAUGCUGAAUACACAUUAAAAAGGGUGCCAGAGGAUAAAACACUCACUGAUAUCCUUAAGCCCUAUAUUGAUCCAGUGGAGUCAGAUCCUGUCAUUUGUCAAAGAUUAAAAAUUUAUACAAUGUCUCCUCACUCAGAUGUACAAAUUUUAAUGAAAAUAGAAAACAGAAGACAGAACUCCACCAGGUACCAUGAACUGGAUGCCAGUAGAAGCCUGCUAGACAAUUUGAAAGACAAAGUAAUAAUUGAGUACCCAACUUUAUUUGUGGUCUUGAAAACACUGAAGAAUGACAUGGUGGUUCUGGGCCAAGAUGACAGUGGAUCUGCUGAGGACUCGAGCAGUGAAAGUUCAUCCCUUUCAUCUGAGGAAGAAGGGGAAAUUCGGGAGAGUUCAUGACAGUUCUUUGAGAGAAGAGGGUGGGACGUGCCUUUCAUAUUCUUUUAUUUAAUUGCUUUUUUUUUUAUGUAACUGGCUUCUUUGAGAUUCAGUUUGGAAUGCUUUGCUAAAAAGAGCACCUCUAAACUGCCUGUUUAAUUUGGAUUUUGUAACUCAUCUAGGUGUGUAAAUAAAGAGAUGGCGGUUGUUGGUCCUAGUAAAUCCGAUGUUCUUACUGCAUUACACAGCUCAGCUUUGUCCAUAUAUCUUUUAAGGUAAAAACCGGGUAACCCAAAUGUAAAGCUUCCAGGUGAGCUUCAACAACAUAUUUUUCUCUUUAUCCUGAAAUGUUUGUGUUUUAUUACCAAAUAUUUAAAUUCAGAUGAGUGUUUCUAUUGACAGGUGGAUUUGUUAGUCGUAAUGUUAAAUUUCUUUUAAAAUCUURUGUUUUCUUAGACAGUUUUUCUUUUAGGAUACUUUUUAUCAUGCAGAGCUGCUGCAGAUGUGGUGACGUUUUGGGUGCAGGGUGCAGUUACUGGGUUGCAUCCUGCCUACCAUGUUCAGCACAGGUC